AUGGGUACGGUGCUGUCGCUGUCACCCAGCUACCGGAAGGCGGCGCUGUUUGAGGACGGCCCUGCCACGGUGGGCCACUACACGGCCGUCCAGAACAGCAAGAACGCCAAGGACGCCACCACCGCCACCGCGAAGAGCUUAAAACGCCCGUCCAUCAUCAGCGUGCUGCCAUGGAAACGCAUAGUGGCCGUGUCGGCGAAGAGGAAGGGCUCCAAGAAGCUGCCGUCAGACGGCGGCGACGGCGGGAAGGGCAGCUCUCCGGAGGGCCACACGGCAGCCACCGCCGCCUCGGCGUCCAACAGCCUAAAGCUGAAGAAGUCCCAGUCGUGCGCCAACCUGUCAUCUUACUCCUCCAGCCAGGACCCCGUGGCUGCCGCCACCGGUGCCGCCGCCACCACCACCGCCUCCUCUCAGAUGCCCAUCUCCAAGACGCUGGCUAACGUUGCCACUGUCGCCGGCAAGAAGAAUUCCCUCACGGGCUUUGGCAUCCAGGCCUCAAAUGCGGCCGGCACACCGAAACGCGUCAUAGUCCAGGCCUCCACCAGCGAGCUGAUGCGUAGCCUGGGGGAGUUCCUGUGUCGCCGGUGUUACCGGCUGAAGCGUCUCGCCCCAACAGACCCGGUUCUGUGGCUGCGCAGCGUGGACCGCUCCCUCCUCCUGCAGGGCUGGCAGGACCAGGGGUUCAUCACCCCAGCCAACGUCGUCUUCCUCUACAUGCUGUGCCGCGACGUGGUCUCGUCCGAGGUGGCGUCGGAGCGCGAGCUGCAGGCCUCGCUGCUCACCUGUCUCUACCUGUCCUACUCCUACAUGGGCAACGAGAUCUCCUACCCGCUGAAGCCCUUCCUGGUGGAGGCAGAGAAGGAGGCCUUCUGGGACCGCUGUCUGGAUAUCAUCAACCGCAUGAGCGGCAAGAUGCUCCAGAUCAACACCGACCCGCACUUCUUCACCCAGGUGUUCGCCGACCUGAAAAACGAGAGCAAGAAGGAGGAGGAGAAGACAAGGCUCCUCAUAGGCCUCGACCGAUAA